UAUAAUUUUGAAGGAGAUUUCGAUAAUAUAAGUAAACGUCAACUACAAUAUAUCAACAAAGUAGCUUUAGAACAAAACAUAAAAGUAAAAAAAAUAAUUUUUAACUCAUUUGGACAAGUUGGGGAUAAUUUUGUAGCAAAUGUGAAGAGAAUCAGCAUAGAAGGAGAAGAUGGAAGCAUGAAGAUGAUAGUAAAAAUAGCUCCUACUGACGAAACAGUGCGUAAGUCAGGGUUGACUGAUUAUUUAUUUCAUAAUGAACAUAUUAUGUAUACAGAAGUGCUACCUAGGUUAGUGUCACUACAGAAAGCAGCAGGAGUACCAGAAGAAGAACAUCUAAGAUACGCAAAAUGUUACGGAUCUCUGAAUGAAGCACCAAACGAAGUGAUAAUUUUGGAAGAUCUGAAAGAAUCAGGCCACAUAAUGUUGGAUAAGUACGAACCAUUGCAACAUGAUGCUAUUUUGAAUGGUACGAAAAGCUUUGCAAUUUUUCAUUCUUUGUCGCACGUAUUAAAGAACAAAGAACCAGAGACAUUCAACGAACUUGGCAGUAAAUUGAGACAUGCUUGGGAUUUGAUGUGUAGUUCACCGGAAUAUAUAAAGAGUUUUGCAGGACUCGAUGACGCUGUUCAAUCAAUUGUUGAGGACGAAACUCACAAGAAGGUCGUUAAAAAUAGAAUAUCAAAUAUGUUUAAAAUCACUGCCAAAUUAGCAAAGGAAGAGAAUACUAAAUAUUCUGUCAUUCAGCAUGGUGAUUCUUGGACGAAUAAUAUCUUGUUCAAACAUGUGGAUAGUAGAGUGGGCCCUGCAGUUAUGAUUGAUUAUCAGGCUUCUAGAAAAAAUAACCCGAUGAUGGAUUUACUCUAUUUCAUAUUCCUCUGCACUGACUAUGAGACCAGAUCUAAGCACUUCUACAACUGGUUGGACUAUUACCACUCCGAGUUCGACAAAUCCUUAUCGUACUUUGGUCUGAGAGCUAACGAUAUUUACCCAAGAGACCAAUUAGAUGCUGACGUAAAGAAAUAUGGUGAAUUGGUGUUUAGUAUAGCUUUAAUGGCCAGUAAUCUAACAGAAAGGGAUGUCAAUGAAACUAAGGAAUUAAUAAACAACAUGGAACACAGUGGGAUUGGCGAAUUAAUGGCUACAAUGGGCAGCACGAGAAUGACGGGAGAAACUUUAAAACGUGCCAAAAAUAGAAUUGAAGGACUAAUUGCUACCUAUACUGAUUUUGGUAUGCUAGAUCAUUUUGAAAAUUUUGACUAACUGUAUUGAGAAGUAUUUGGAAAGAUUUAACUAGGCUUUUCGACGUAUGUGACUGGU